AUGGUAGGCAUCGGCGAUGGUAUGGUUUACAGCAGUGCUGCCAGAGUGGGAGGUAGUGGUUUAGGCGGAGGUGACGGCAGCGACGAUAGUGGUAUCGUGAAUAUCACAUCGAUGUGCUAUUGGAAUUUAUACCGAAGUGGCGUUGGUGAUACGACGACGACGACGACGACGACGACGACGACGAAAAAUACUCGUAGUUCGAAAGUUGGUUGGUGUUUCGCGAUAUCGUCUGACGAAGAAGACGAGACAGUGCCUAACGUGGUGGAGAUCUACGAGAUCGAGAAUUGCGUGGACGACGAUAAUAAAUGCUCGUUUGCGCCAGUGACCUCAGCCUUUUCGACCAAGACGACCACAACACAGUGCGGUUCGAAUGUGGUGGAAAACGGUACGUCUAAGGGAGCUGCCGGGUCCGGUCCAAGCUUCUUGGACGCCCCGUUGAUCGGUUCUCGUGAUACUUCGGCAGUAUUGUGCGGUGGCAGUGUCGGUGGUGUUAAUAAUAAUAACCGUGAUAAUAAUUGUAUUAGUAGUGGUAGUGGUCGCAAAUCGGCGACGCUGGCGACUCAGCCUGAUACAAACCUCAACCAUUUAUCCUUUCUGCCAGACACACCGGUGGUCAAGUCACCAGCGUCACCAGCCACCAGACCUAGAAGACUCUUCGGCAGUGCAACAGAUCUCCGCCAACAAAACGCCCUCAAGGAAUUAGCCAAGCCAUCGUCGAAUGGCGCCGGACCAUCGUUACCAGCAUCUCGUCGAUCCUCGUGGUACGACGAAGCUUGCUCCAAUGUCGUCGAAAAGACGUUACCGUCAUCGAACGAUUCUUCGGUCGCUGAUAAAGACGACUACGCGGCGUCGUCGUCGUCGCCACCGCGACCAAGGCGAACUUUUACCAGCGUGCCCGAGGACGAAGACGCGGCCGCCGGUGAAAUUGCCGUAGACGGCGAAGAGAGAGUUGUUCUGUUACAACGAUCAGUAUCGGUGCCCAACAACGAUGCGCUUUCUACGACUCCCACCGCCGCCAAGUCCAAGUCGACGUCGCCGGCGCCGACGACCACGACCAACAACAACAACGGUGCUAGUAAACUGGGCAAAUGGAGCAAGAGUAAAAUCGAUUUAUUGCUGCCCAGCUUGAAAUCUCUGGUUACCAUGACGACUAAUAAACUUUCGGCGAGCCGGCCUUCCAAUCUGAAUUACCCGAGGAGAUCGUCCUGCAUUAGCAAAAAAUACUCAACGUCUAGAUUCGACGUUCGUACCAUCGGGUCUCCUUUGGUGACAGCCACCCUCAGACGUAACAUCAGCCUGAACAGCGUGCAAAUCACGUCCUCCUCAUCGUCCAGGAAAAACGCCAGCUCCGAUGACCUCCUACAAGUAUGCUUGCUCAAUAAAAAAUUACGCAAGUGUAACACCGUCCUAACCCUCAGCAGUAGCGGUGGCUGCAUCGCUAAAAAUCCAAAUGCCAACCGUACCCUGCACGUCGUCGAGCCUUUAAGACCUGUUAACAGGCUAAGGGUGGCAUCUAACUCGCAGCAGGAUGUGUACACCACCUCGAGGAUGUGUUCUAGGUGCAGCAGCCUUCUUUCCAUGGCGUCCUCCUCCAGAUAUUCCCUAAAUUCGGCUCACGAUUUUGUACCGGUCGUCAGCCCUAGUGUGCCGUGUAAAGUCUGCUUGAAUGAAGUUCCUUUGAAAGAUUCGUGGACGUUGCAGCAUUGCGAGUGCUCAUAUUGUGUCGAUUGCGUUCGUUCGUACGUAGAAUUCGAAAUAAACCAAGGCGCUUAUAGUAUUUCAUGUCCGGAUGCCCAAUGCGAAAAGCAAGGCAUUAUUAUGUUGGAAGAAAUUGAAAGUCUAGUCAGUUUAGAAAAUAUUGUAAAACACAAACGAUAUCGUUUAAAUAAAGAGGUGGAAAUGGAUAAAAGUCGAACGUGGUGUCCGCGCGCUGGCUGUGAAACAGUUUGUACUUUGUGUUCAACCGAUCGGUGUACCCCGCAAAGUGUGCAUUGUCCGACGUGUAACAUGGAUUUUUGCUCGAAUUGCCGAACCUCUUGGCAUGCGGGAUCGCCUUGCAAAUCCGAAGAGCUCGUACCAGGAGUUUCAUUCGAUUCGGAGCUAAUCAAGUGCUGUCCAAUGUGUAGCGUUCCUAUUGAAAAAGACGAAGGAUGUGCUCAAAUGCUGUGUAAAAGAUGCAAACAUGUUUUUUGUUGGUAUUGUCUGGCCUCGCUAGAUGAUGAUUUUCUAUUGCGACACUACGACAAAGGUCCAUGCAAAAACAAACUAGGUCAUUCCAGAGCGUCGGUCAUUUGGCAUCGGACACAGGUAAUCAGUAUUUUCGUCGGUUUCGGUAUCCUGUUACUGAUAGCAUCGCCUUUGCUGCUGCUCGCGGCUCCUUGUAUCGUAUGCUGCAAAUGUCGAGUAUGCACUAGUGACGCUAAACUAGACGUUGACGUCGUUGAUGUCGUUGACGAUGAAAUAGUGGACGCUGCUACCGAACCGCAAGGCAAUGCCGACACUGCCGAUAAUUACAUUGAAAAAGAUCCUACCAGUGCAUUGGAUGGUGAUAGUUCUUAAAAAGAGCAGAUAGGUACUGUGUUAAUGUUUUAAUUUUUUGUUUGUUUGUUUGUCUCGUUGUAUUAGUAUAAGUGAUCAUAUCUAAUAAGUACUAUUGUGUGUUUAUAGGUACGUGUGUUGUGUACCCAUCUCCCUCGUUAUCCCUUACCCCAAAACCCAAAACAACCUCCUCCCUCAUUUUAAAAGAAAAAUCGAAGAGCAUUACUAAACGUGGAUCUCUCCAAGUCUGUUUUUUUUCUUCGAAAUUCAAACCGGUCACGUGUGGAAAUUCCGAAAUAUCUGCCAUUCUCGGUCCUAACUACUCAAUGGUUGACCGAAUAUUAUGGGCAAGGCCGCCCGAGUAAAAUUUUAUCCGCUUGACUUGGCUGUGCCGGCGGUAUCCUUGAAAAUCGGUGUCGAAAUAGUCACGCUACCGAAUAAUUAAAUCCAAACGCUGCUACCUCAUGCAUGAGUACUGAGUAUAAAUAGGUACUCUACUCCGUCGUCUUUGACUCGUGUCGUGAACAACAACAAAAUUCAGUAUUUAGGACUAGGGUGUGCCUUGUUUUGCAAAGUUGAAAAUUUUUUUCCCAAGUUGAAAAUAAAAUGUCAAAAAUUGAGAAUAAAUUAAGAUCGGGGAAACAUUUUUGAAAAUAUUCUAUUUUCACAUCAGAAUUGUUCUUCAAACCCCCCUUUCACAUAAAAAAACCUCCCUUAGACCUCCCAAAUAAUUUUGACUCUCGGUAUGGAUCACCUCCAAAUUAGGAAAAACUAAAAAUAUAGAAAUAGGUACGUAUUUCUAAAUGAUUUUGUAACCAUGUAGCAGCAGCCAACGAAAAGUAAUUUUCCAUUAUAUAGGUAAAUAAGGUACCUACACCCUAGUGCUUGGAGAAGAAUCAUGUAUAGUCGGGGGGCCCGCAUAAGGAUCACUUGCACUCCCUGCCGAUUCUCCGGUACAACUUUUUUCUUAAAGGGGGAGUCCUUUUGAGCAGUUCUGGAGCCUCCAGCAGAUUUUUGAAACUCGAAAUUACCACAAAAUUUCUUCAAAAUGGAAAUGGAAAGCAGAAAUUAGCUAUAUGCACUCCAAUUUUAACACCCUCUGAAGACGAUUUCAGGUGGGUUCGAGCAAUUUUGGAGCCUACAGUGACUUUAUGAAAGGUUUCAUGGCAUUUAUAGCAGAAUUGAAAUUUCCAAAAAGUAGCUGGAACCUUCAAAACCAUUUGAAACCACCAUGCAGUCGACUUCUCAUUAUUGUAUUGAAAUUAGUCUGCAGAGUAAAUUUCGGCUUUCCAACUCCAUCUGAUGAAACUUAGUGGGAAUUUCGAGUCUCAAAAAUCUACUGGAGGCUCCAGUAGUUUUCAAAAAACCGAUGGAGGCUCCAAAACGACUUGAAACUCACCUACGGUCAACUUCAUAGAGUAUUGAAAUUAGUUUACAGAAUUAAUUUCGGCUUUCCAACUCCAUUUUAUGAAAUUUUGUGAGAAUUUCGAGUUUCAAAAAUCUACUGGAGGCUCCAGUAAUUUUCAAAAAGUAGCUGGAACCUUCAAAACCAUUUGAAACUACCAUGCAGUCGACUUCAUAUUAUUGUAUUGAUUUGAUGAAAUUUUGGGGAAAUUUCAAGUUUCAAAAAUUUACUGGAGCCUCCAGCAAUUUUUUGAAAAUUACUGGAGGCUCCAAAACGGCUUGAAAUUCACCUGCGGUCGACUUCAUAGCGUAUUGAAAUUAGUUUGCAGACUUAAUUUCGGCUUUCCAACUCCAUUUGAUGAAAUUUUGCGAGAAUUUCGAAUUUCAAAAAUCUACUGGAGGCUCCAGAACUGCUCAAAACGGUUUGAAACAGUUUCCAAUCGAUUUGGCAGGUCAAAAAUACUGUAUCCUAAAUUUCAGAUUUAUAGGUCAAUUUAAUAAAAAUUUUGAUUUUUUCUAAUAAUUUUGGCCAAGAUUUGAUUUUUGAAAAUUCACCAAAAAUCGAAAAAAGCAAUUUAGCACUUGAAAUUCUGACACGUGAUACAUUUUUGCCUGAUCUUUCGAUCUACUUUUGUAUAGUUUAAAAAAUGUUAUGCUAGUCCUAUGUUGGAACGCAAAAUCUGCGAUUUCAGCUGACCUGUCAAUCAAAAUGGCCGCCAUUUUAUAAAUAGGGCCACUUUUUUUUUGAGGACAAGGGCUAGAAAUGUUCCUUAGGACUCCCGCUUAAAGUUGUCCCGAAGGAUUCGCAAGGGGGUGCAAGUGAUCUUUAUGCGGGCCCCCCGACUAAUAGCAACCAUUCCAAUCACGAAAAUCCAACAAGUCCGAAAGAGAUUAUUUAGCAUUGGUAAUGUUUUCUUCCUCAUCCUCUUGCCUACCGAUAUGAUCAUUCCGUUUAAAAUUUUUUUCAAAAUGAUCAACGUUGAUUUAUAAAACAAAGUUGAUUCGAAAAAAAUUUAAAAAAUUAAAAACUAGUCAAUAAAAUGAAUAAAAGAAGCGAAAUUUAACGUAUCGAACGUAUUUUUAUAGAGAUAUGUUUUGAACAAAUGUCGCAUGUUGAGUUUUUAUUUAUUUUUUUCGUAGGUAACUCACUUUUUUCAGUAUUUUUAUGAAUAAAAAUUGCUACUACUUUCAAUAUGUUUGUAAAGUACUCUUUCUUUUUACUUUAAUUUAUUUUCAUACUCAUUUUUUACUCUCAUGUAUUCUCACUUGUGUUCAUUGGAAAUAUAAUAAAUUUUGUUACUUUUGUAAA